AUGAGAAUGAAUAGGACUAGUUGUACUCUCUUACUUCUACAAAAGAGUAUGAGUAGCAGUAGUAGUGGUGAUGUUGAAGUGCCACUAAAUAAAUAUCUUUAUUUGUUUUAUGAUAUUGUAAGAUGUAAGCUGAGUGCUGAUACAUUGAUGAUGUUUUAUGAUGACAUUGGUAAGCAAAUAUUAACUCUUUUGAUAAUUGGUGUACUGUUGGUACAUGGUAAUAUUUGUUGUUAUUAUUGUCAUUGUUAUUGUGAUUGUUAUUCUUGUUAUUUUGCUACUGCCACCACUAUUGUUGUUGUUGUUGGAAUGACAAUCCAAUUCAAUUACAAAUACAUAUAUAGCUAUUACAAUGUCUAG